AAUACGCGUCGUUUCAUUCUCACUCCCCGCUCCCCUCGUACUAACAGUGGCGACGUGGCGGCCUCAGACGCGUGCGAUUAAGUUAUUCGGGAGUGUGUGAUUAAUAAACGGACAUGGCGAGAGUGACAAUAGGCGCGAUGGGCACUUUCAAUCACGAGAACCAAGACUGGACAGUUUUUAAAGAUAAACUAGAACAAUGGUUUCUCGCGAACGAUUUGGAGGUGGACAGCAAAACGACAGUGAAGCGUCGGGCGGUGUUACUCAGUAGUUUAGCAGAACCAACGUUUAAAUUGAUUAGGGACUUAGCGUUACCUAGUAAAAUUAACGUAUUAGAAUAUGACGCGAUAGUGAAACUACUGGACGACCAUUGUGAGCCGGCUAAAUGUGGAUUUGCGGAACGAAAUCGGUUCUACUUAGUGACUCAACAGGCAUCGGAAGAUCUAGCACAGUGGGCGGCGCGGGUGCGCGGGCUCGCUGUGGACUGCGCGUUCCCGGCGGCUUGUCUCAACGAGCUGUUGCGGGACCGCUUCGUGCUCGGUAUGCAGCCGGGCCGCGAGCGGGACAAGCUCUUCACGAUGGACAUGGCGGAGCUGACGCUGAGCAAAGCGUUAGAAACUGCUCAGGCUAUACGGUGUGCUCGACUCGGGGCGGCGCAGGCGGCGCCAGGAGCCGCGCCACACGUCGAAGUACCCGUGUAUAGGAUGGCGGCCGGAGCGGGUGGCAGCGUGCGACCACACGGCCCGCGCGGCAGCAACAGCAGAGGAGCCUUGGGGGCCGCGGCUGAGAUCGCUCGAGAACCGCGCUCGACCGCGUGUUUCGUAUGCGGCAAUUUGGGACACCGGGCGGAGGAGUGCCGGUACAAGCGGUACAAGUGCGACAAGUGCGGCAACCGGGGGCACCUGCGUCGGGUGUGCCCCAACAAUAAGGUGCAGCAACACUUUAUUGAGGUCGAGGGUGAUGAUUCGGGUGAUGAUGAAAUUCAGAACAUAGCACUACAGGCAGAUCACCCGCCGAAAUUUUGUUUGGCCGUAAACUUAGAAACAGAUUAGACAUGUUAAACGUGUAUCGCCCGAAUACAUCAGACCUCGACCUCGAACGUGUAGUGAACGAAAACCAGUGCUCACAGGGUAAAUACUAUGGGGGAAAUAGAAAAAUAAAGUUAAUGAAAGGUGACUU